AUGGUAGCAGAACACAAUGCAGGGGAGCUGCUCAUCAGUGAGGGCAAGUCGUUGGGGAUAGGAGGUAUGACACGGUACAAGAUUCGUGUCACAAGGUCGAAACUGCGGGACAAGUCGCUGGAGAAGCUUCAUUUGAGGGUAAAGAACAACGAAAGUCCGCUUAUGCGACCCGUGUACCUCACUGGGCCGUACUCUUUUUAUGUCGACGUGCGGCCGAUUAACUACGACGAGGACAAGAAGUUCGAGAGUAAGGACCCAGUUCAAUUUAAGGAGGAUUUGAGACCUUCGGAAACUUUCAAAGCCGAUCUGUUCUUGAAUGAAACGAGUCUGUUGCAAGGAACGGAGGAUGUGUACUGCUUCACCGUCGAUGUGCUGUGCCAACUAGCCGUCGUCGCGUUCCCGACUAUCAGUUACUCGCUUAGGGUCGGAUCCACGAGAAGGGCUUGUAAAGGCAAGAAGGCUAGGCCCCUGCACGAAUCCCCAGGUGUCACUUUUGAAGAGUGGGACUCGAACACUCUGUGGGCUUUACCACCCAAAUUCAAGGAUCGCCCAGCGCACUUGGUCAUUAUUACUCAUGGGAUCUUCUCGAACGUCGGGUGUGACAUGCUCUACAUGAAGGAUAAGAUAGAGGAGGUCGCUAACGGUGUUGAGGAUUUGAUCAACCCAAACGUGGUAGUGAGAGGGUGUAUGGACAACAUGGGGAAAUCUGGUCACGGAGUGCACUAUCUGGGCAAGCGAGUCGGAGAAUACGUCAUUAGAACAAUCGAGCAGCUGAAGAAAGAAGGUGUCAAAGUGGAUAAAGUCUCCUUUGUGGGCCACUCGCUGGGUGGACCCACGCAGACAAUGGCCGUCCAUUACAUUACGAUGAAGAGACCCGACAUCUUUGACGAGACGAAGGGCGGCGCAAGACCCGUGAACUUCAUCACUCUGGCGAGCCCGUUCCUUGGUGUCAUUGGUGACUUCCCGCUGUACCUAUCGAUCCCGCUGGAUAUGGGUGCGUUGGGUUUGACAGGGAGAGAUCUGAACUUGAAAUACACGCCCUUGACGUCGAAGGACGGUCUGUACAUUGGUUCCGAAAAGAACUUCCCGAGACUGAUCUUGGAAAUACUGAUCCAACCGCCCAUCAGGGCUACAUUCGAGCGAUUUGUUCACAGAACGCUGUACGCGAACAUCGUACACGACGGUAUCGUCCCCAUUAGGACCGCGGCGCUAAUGUAUCUAGAUUGGAAGAGUCUGGCGAAAGUGAAGCGGAUAAAGGAGAAGGGUUCCGAUGAGCCGAUGGCACAGUUGAAAAGUUCUGAGGAAUCUACCGCUGAUAUACCGUCGAGUGCGGGGACACCUGUAUCGGUCCCAGAUGACCUGGGCGGUUCGAGGGAGAGACUCGGCGGGGGGAAAACGCCGACGGGGGAGAUCCCUGGGGACGACCUCAACAUCAAGGAUACGGCGAAGUGGGUGAUGCCGCAGGCGCUGCUUCAUGUCCGCAAGAACAAGAAAUUCCAGCGGGGUCAGGUUGUAGAGAACGAGGACUCCAGUGAUGGCAGAGGCGGUGGGAAGUUCAGUGCCCCGACAGAGGCUUCGACGGUGCUCUCCGCGUUAUCCACGCUUACUGCGCCCGUCCCGACGCAGGAGUACAUCAAGAACCCAAAGCUGAGAAGAGACGCCAUCAUCCACGACCACAUGUACGAUCCGGAUCACUUGCCGCCGGAGCACUACGCGCACAGGCCUACGUUGAAGAAACUUGUGUAUCCGAAUGAGAGCGUGAACAGAAUACAGGAGCGCAUUGCGCGGGCGUGGCAGGAGACGAUGACGUGGCGCAAAGUGUUGGUGAAGAUCCAGCCGGAUUCGCACAACAACAUCGUUGUGAGGCGGCGGUUUGUAAACUUGUUUGGCAAUGUCGCCGUGAAGCACAUGGCAGAGGAGCAUUUUGGCGCCGGGGCAAGUGCCAAAUACGCUGAAUUUUAG